CACAAAGGAAAUAUAAGUCAAACCAUAAACAAAUAUUUGUCCCUCAGUUCUUGACUCAUUUUGUGUAGAGAUGGCUGCGAAAGUGGAUUUCUCUGAGCUGCAAAUCAGCCAGAGGCUCGGAAGGGGGGGCUUUGGUGCGGUGUACAGGGGCUGGUGCCGGGACCAAAAGAUCGCCGUGAAAAGGUUCUAUGAGGCGAUCAACAAAAACAUAGAAAGGGAAAUCACACAGCUGUCGCGUGUGGCCCAUGAGAACAUUGUCAAGUUGUUCGGGAUGGCCACCUAUCAAGACGAGACCUACUUGCUGAUGGAGUACGUUGAGGGCGGCUCCCUUCACGACAUUCUCUAUGGAACGGUGCGCAGGGAAUACUCCGUGCAGGAGGCCCUCCGCUGGGCCAUUCAGUGCGCCGAGGCUGUGGCCUAUCUGCAUGCCAUGACCCCAAGGCCGAUGCUGCAUCGUGAUAUCAAGCCACACAACAUGCUGCUGACGGGCAUACCCGGUCGCCUGAAGAUCUGCGACUUUGGUACUGUGACCGACAUGCAGAGCUACAUGUCGAACGCCCGUGGUACCGCGGCCUACAUGGCCCCAGAGGUGAUAUUGGGCAAGAAAUACACGGAUAAAUGCGAUGUCUACAGCUGGGCCGUCAUGCUCUGGGAGCUGAUGUCCCGCCGACCGCCCUUUAGUCACAUGGAGAACCCCAAUUAUAUAGCUGUUAUGCUGGCGACUGGUUGUGGCGAGCAUCCCGAUAUGGAUGCGAUAAGAUCCGAUUGUCCUCAGACCAUCAGGGAGUUGAUCAGACGAUGCUGGUGCUUCAAACCCGAGCAGAGACCCUCCAUGCAGCAAGCUGUGAAAUUCUUGAACGAACUGGGGGUUUCUUCCGACGAUAAGGACUUUGUGUACAUCCUCGAUCAGGACACAGUGGCCGUGGUAUCCGUCGGCGAAGAGAAGCACGGCUCGGGCUGGCGACGUGUCGUCCAUAUAUCCUUCUGGCGUAAGCAAUAUUCGACGGUCAGGAUGAGCCUUCACAUUGCCGAGCGGGAGGCAGUGCGAGUGGCCAAGCAGGCGGAACGGGAGAUCAUCAGGGCGGCACGAGAUGUCGGGCGGGAGACCCAUCGAGCUGCCCAGGACAUCGGCAGGGAGACGGUGAGAGCUGCCCAGGACGUUGGCAGGGAGACGGUGAGAGCUGCCCAGGACAUCGGCAGGGAGACGGUGAGAGCUGCCCAGGACACUGGCAGGGAGACGGUGAGAGCUGCCCAGGACACUGGCAGGGAGACGGCAAGAGCUGCCCAGGACGUUGGCAGGGAGACGGCGAGAGCUGCCCAGGGUGUUGGGCGGGAAACCGCUAGAGCUGCCCAGGAUGUUGGGCGGGAAACCGCUAGAGCUGCCCAGGAUGCCGAGCGGGAGACAAGACGGGCACUCGAGAAUGCCGAGCGGGAGGCUAGACGGGCCAAGGAGAAGAUCGCCAACGAGGCCAAGCGGCUGGCCGACAAGGGCAGGAAGGUCUUGAAGAAGUUUCGCAAAUUCUAAUCCCUUUACUGAUAAGUCAUACGCUAUGCUAAUGUGUGGAAAAUGAUUAAUAAUGCUGGGCUGCCUGCGGAGAGAGAGUCCUUUUUGAUCCCUUCAACGACUCCGUCUCACGCUCGCACCAAUGCAGAUGCAGAUGCAGAUGCAAAUGCAAAUGCAGGCUGCAGGGGUAGGCCUAUGAAAAGCUUAGACUGCAUUAAGCACGAAGCAAAGCAAAGGUAAGGAAUCUAAAGGAAAGGGGAGGAAAGGCAGGGCAGGGCACGGCUCGGUGGGGAGAGAUGUGAAGGAUGUGAACAACAAGAAGGAUGACGGCGAUGAGGACGAUGACGGCGGCGGACAUGACAGCGAGGCGAUGUUCCUUGCUUUGAGGAGUGCCAGGGUCGACGUGGGGAGGAGUACAGUAUGUACCAAGCGGUGCAUUGCUGCUCCUGGCACAGCGCGACUCCUUAGCGUUUUUUGCAUUGUGUUGCUUUUCUCAUACGUUUCUAUGCGUGUGCUUGUAUGCGAGUGUAUGAGCGUGUGUGUGUGUGUGUGUGUGUGUGUGUGUAUUUGUGACCGGAAACUGCCAUUUAAAGUGCAUUUUGGAGAGGAGUCGUCGGAGUCUCAGUUGAGAGACGAAACGGGACGGAACGAGCUUCACUUGUGUGUUAAAUGAAAAGAAGAACUUUGUCCUCCCCUCUCCCUCUCUUUCUCUGCUUCGUCUGCCUCUGCCUAACCCCAAUCGCCUCUCUCUCUCGUUUUGUUUUUAUGUUUUUUUUUCCGCUGCUGUUAUUUUUGCAUACCAUCAAGCAACUCCUUUUGUGUCGGGGCCCCCUACUCCUCCAACUCCUACUCCCCUCCUCCUUGGAGCCAACACGUGUAAUCCAACUCCUUUUAAUUACAUUCAAUACCCCGGCCACAGUCGUCCGUCCAUCUGCCAAGGUGUUGGCAGGCAGUUGCCUUUUGCUCUUCCCUCCUCCUUCUGUCUCUCUCCCCCUCUCAUUUAACGCCUCGUUUGUGCUCCUCUCCAUCUUUAACCUUCUGCCCAAAUAUCGAUUUUCAGCUUUAGCUUUGGCUUAGGUGCAACUGCUGGUAAAACAGGGCUGGGAUCCGCACCAAUCGCCAUCCCAUUGUAAGGCCAACGAGGUGUUAAAACAUUUUGUAAAAGCCAAGAUUGCGGGCAUAGCCUGCUGCUGGUGCUGCUGGAGUUCCUGCGGUUGAAAUGCAAUCAAGUGUCACUAAUCGCGAUCGGGGGGGAGAUCAUAUUUGCAGGCGCUGCACUCUCGGCUCCGCCACAGAUCCAAUCUGCACUCCCGCCCUGCCGUAAGUUGAGACUUGGACUGUGACGGACAAAAUAAUAAUAAUCUACAAAUCUAUAGAUGAUUAUUAGGACCCUGCAACUCAGCCCCAGUCCCCUCUACUCAACUCGUUCUAUAGGUUGCCCUUACGCUAUCUUUUCAGCAUGUUCGCGUUGGUCAUGCGGCAGCACCCCUCGGUCGGUUGGCCGGGAGGAGAGCUGCCUUCUGCUGGUGUCACAUGGGG